AUGUUGCCUCAGUUUGGCUUUAUUGUUGCACAGGCUGGUGCAGAUUCGCAUCCACCAACACCUAAUAAUAUCACUCCUCCAGCAACAUCAUCAGCAUCAUCGUCUGCAGUGGCUACUCCACAAUUGACAAAGCCAUACCCUCCCCCUCCUUCAUCAUCGUCCAAUGCUCCACCUCCACAACAGCAACAGCAGACAAAUCAAGCUCCACCAUCUCAAGGAGACUACUACUACACGCGACCCUCUCCACCGUCGAAUAGCACUGGCGGUAUGCUGCCACCACCUCUGCCUUACAUGUAUUCCUCUGCACCACCACCUCCACCACCCAUGACAAGGGAUGAAUACUUUAGCAACAGAUAUCAACCACCGUAUGAUGUACGCAAUGAUCAGUAUAGAUCGCUUCAGCCAUUGCCACCACCACCCCCUCCUCCUCAAAGCGCUAGUUGGCAGGACGGAAGUUAUAUGGAUCCGUAUCAUGCUCCUUCAUGGCAGCAACAGCAGCAACCACCGCCAUCUUACUCAAUGAUGCAAGCUCCCCCUUCACAUCACCAUCAUGUUCUUCCUCCUCCUCCAUCGCAAGUUCAACACCAGCCUCUACCUCCACCACCAUCAGUUCAAUCUUAUCAACAACAUCCGCCACCACCGCAACCCCAUCAGCAGGGUCCUCCUCAUACGAUUCCUGCUCCUCCACCUCCUUCUCAGGCUCAACAUUAUGCUAACAUUACUACUAAUACUAAUCAUACCACAUCGCCACCACCAAUGCCACCGCAACAACAACAACAACAAGCACCCAUCCUUCAUGGUAGUACUAAAUCUGUUGUACAACCGCCAUUGCCUCCACAAACACAAGCCAAGUUGCAACAGCAACAGCAACAACAUGAUGACUAUUUGUAUGAGGAUCAGCAUCACAGCCAGCAGCAGCAUCCUCGUUGGCAAGAACCAAUAGAAGAGAACAAGAUGUUACGUCGGAUCCGGGAAUUCAGUGAUUUAAUGACAUGGAUGGACAGCGAGUUCUGGGAGCAAUGUGAUGAAAUUUAUCGGGAGAAAUUGCAGUCAUUACAAGAAGAGAUUCAAUCGAUCCAAGAAGGCACGCAUUCCACAUUCACAGAGACAAUGACAGACAUUGAGAUGCGUCGCGAACAGACGAUUCAUUAUGCAGAGUAUUUCAAGAAUUACGAAUUGACAUUGAGCAAGCAUCAGUAUGAUCAAGAGAUGAAUUUAAUACAGGAUGAAUACGAGACUGAAAGGCACAAUUUGCAUGAUCUUGUCUUGCAAGCCAUCGAAGAACGAAAGAAGCAAGUCAAAGAGGACAGGGAUGAUUAUGAAUUCGAUGUGCAGGAUCUGUUUAAGGAUGCAUAUGCACGGGUGCAUACCAAGCGCAGCCUCAGAAAGCGAACGCCCUUUGAUAGACACAACAGCGCAUCGCCAUCUCGCCAAGAAAGACGCAGAAGAGAGAGACAAGCCACUCCACAUAAUAUACAUGCACAACCAUCGACUGCAGAGGAAGAAGAACUGGAAUCAGAGUUCCUGAGUAUGAAGGGAGGUGCAGCCGCAAGAAGACAAGCAGCUCAGAUAUCUUCAUCGCAGCAGAGACGAUAG